AUGUUGGGCGUCAAGUCUCAAUCCGGCUUCCAAGGCUCCGCCUUCAUUAUCCUCCAGGUUAUCCGUUGUUGCAAUAUCGCCGUCCUACUGGCCAUUAUUUUCGUCUCCGGGGUUAUGAUGUACUUCGCCAAGAUGCCCAACGGCUUCCAGUUCUUCAACGACGUCUCCCUUGCCUUUGUGAUCGGCAUCUCCGGCCUCCUACUCUGGACGGAACUACCGAUUGAAUUCGGCAAAGAAAUGAUCGGACGUAACUGGCCAGUCAUCAGCGAAGCGCGUGGUUUCACCUGGCUCGGUAUUUCGAUGAUUCUCAUGGGCUCCCAUCACCUCGGCGCACUCAGCAAUGAUACUUAUAACAACAAGGACGUCCCCUUCCAGGUCUGGCAGGCUAUCUUAGGAACCGGCAUCAUCUCCAUCGCCUUCGGUGUUACCAACAUCAUCUCCUCUCUCAUUUUCAGCAACAAGAAGGACGGUGUUCACGCUCGCGAGGUCCGCAACAAAGGCGCAACCACCCAAGAUGUCAUCUUCCAUGAGGAGUACGAAAGCUACCGAAGCAACUCUAUCCGCAAGGAAAAGCCUAAGACUAGGAGCUUCUUCUUCGGCAAGGGCGACGCCAAGCCUAAGAUUAGCCAUCCGAUUGCUGUCCACGAUAUCGAGCACGGACACGGUGACGAACUCCCGAUGGUCGAUGAUCGCAGCAGUCCUAUCAUCCCCGACGUCAAGCGCCCUCCGACUGCGCUACACCCUGCCUACAACGCCGGAUCGAGAUCAAGCCGAUACAGCGAGGCGAGCCAUCUUGAUCGCUUUGACAAUAGGAUAUAG